UCAAGUCAUUAGGAGUAGGUGGAGUCAGAGCCAAGUUCCCAUUCCUGAGUUUUGGUCAAAAGACAAGCAGCAGUUCUCCCUGAAAACUGUUGUAAUGGGGCUCAGAGAAGCAGUUUUGUUAGGGUUUGUACUUCUCUUCUCAUGUGGAAAUCUUUGUGUUGCCUCACAAAACUUGUUUAACUCUAGCACCAAUGAGACUCUGAUCCAAACCCCCCGAGAGCAAGUGACAGCGAGCUCCCAGCUGCAGGCAGAGGAUCAUCAGUCAAACCGGACGGAGGAAAGUCAUCCGGUCCACUCUCCCGUCAGCUACCGGCUCAGGAGCUACCGGCUCAGGCAGAAACCAGCCGGGCCUCUUGCGGAGCAGGUGCGACCUUUUCAAACCCCUGAGGGAUCAGAGGCCAGAGAGCUGACCUCGGAGCAGCUGGAGCCGAGGGAAGCCAUCCUUGCUCAGAAGGAGCUGAUAAAAGGCCCAGAUCUGAACCCACCUGUCAAGCAGGAAUCAAAAGUGCUGUUGAAGUUAGAGCAGAGGGUGCCUGUGCCGGCUGACAGCGUGGCUGUGCGCUGUGAUGAGGCAGAAGUCACCGUAGAGGUCAAACAGAACUUCCUAGGGAACGGUCAGUUGAUCCGCCCGAGUGAUCUGACCUUAGGAGGCUGCGCCGCCCUGGACGCUGCUGACCACAUCCUGCAGUUCCAGACUGAGUUACAGGGCUGUGGUAGCACAAUGACCAUGACCAAAGAAGCCCUCAUCUACUCCUUCUCCCUGCUGUACUCUCCAACACCCAUCGGCAACACCUUCAUUCUAAAGACUAACCCUGCUGAGGUGGUAAUUGAAUGCCACUAUCAAAGGAGGCAUUACGUGAGCAGCAACGCCGUGAGGCCUACCUGGAAGCAGUUUGCCUCCGUCGCGCCGGCGGAACAGCAGCUGCGCUUCUCCCUGCGUCUCAUGACAGAGGACUGGCAGUUGCAGAGGCCGUCCAGUGUUUACUUCCUGAGUGACGUGAUGCACAUCGAGGCGGCGGUGCUCCGGGGUCACCACGUACCGUUGAGGGUCUACGUGGACAGCUGCGUGGCCACGGCGAGCCCAGACCCCAGUUCCCAACCCAGAUACCCCUUCAUCAGCAACCAUGGGUGUUUAACUGAUGCUAAGCUGACAGGAGCCAAGUCUUACUUCAUGCAGAGGCGCCAGGAGGAUAAACUUCACCUCAUGCUGAAAGCCUUCAGGUUCCACCAAGAUCACAGGAAUUCGCUCUAUAUCACAUGUCAUCUGAAAGCGACAACAGUCUCCGUUCCCAUCGACUCGCAACACAAAGCGUGUUCAUUCCUGACCGAAGCUGACAGAUGGGUGGCAUCAGGUGGAGACAAUGAGGUGUGUAGCUGCUGUGAAAACAACUGCAGUGAGCAGAGGUGGAAAAGAAGCCUUACAGAAGCAGAUGCUGCUCUGCAGUGGGAGGGGAUGGCUGCUCUGGGCCCCAUCCUGCUGCUGGAGGAGAACAUCCUACAAGAGGAGCUGACCGUCACGUUCGAGCUUCCUCCGAGGCCGGCCUCCCUGGUCCAAACACAUGGAGUGAAUCGAGCAGCCUCUUAUCCGUCGAUAGCCCUGCUGUGUGGAGUGGGUGCAGUGCUGGCUGUUGUGUUACUAGUUUUCAUGGGUGCCAUCAGUUGCAGCAGACUACACAAACCCUCUGGACACACUGUCUGUACCUGAUUUAAGACAAUAAAACAUUUAUAAC